AUGGCGUUUAAAAUAUUUAAACGAAUGAGCCGGUGGAAGCCUACCCCAGGAUCUGGUAACUCAGGACUUGAGGAAGAUGCGCCGCCACCGUACCAUUACAAUGAAAAUGCGACAAUUUCAACGGUACACAUAGUCAAGCCGAUCGCUACUUAUGUAGAGAAUGUAGCGGUUGAGGAUGUUCAUUUGGGCGACCCUAGAAGGAUGUCAGAGACUUUCGUUACCACUAGGGGGGUUGAAGGGCAGGAGAAUAGUGAAGUUAGGAAGUCAAGUUUGGAGAGGGGGAGGGAUGGUUAUUUCGAAAAUCAAGCCUGGAGGAGGCAAGGGAGGGUAUUCGAGGCCCAAGGAUAUGAGAAUGCUGAAGGUCGACUUCCAGAGCUACCUGUACCUCCUCCUCCGCCACUUUCAACAGUCCCAGUUUCCGAGACGCCGCUGCCAAAUUUUCAAGGAGCUCCACCAUCUCCUUCGCCAUCUCAACGAUCAAAUCCUGCACCGCCCGUACCGCCAAAAGAGCACUUGGAUUCAGAGCACUCGUAUCCUUCUCAUCGCUUACCCUUAUCGAGAAUUCAAACCGAAACAGAGUCUACCAAUGUCACCCACAAAACGGAGACGAUGUGGGGGCCAUCCAACGAGGAAGAAGAAGAAGAAGAUGAUGAUGAUGAUGGGAAUAAGUCAGACGCUUCAGAUGACUCCUUCGUGAUUGCAAAUAGUAGAAUAAUCUCCCAGCAGCAAGAAUUUGAUGCCCUCAUCCUUCAAAAACUCAACAUCGCUACUGCGGUUGAGAAGCAGCAGUGGGAUAUCGCUUUUAGCUCGCUCGACGGUCUCAUCAGUUCAGUAGAGGAGCGGAAAGGGAGAGCCCCUCUCCAAUGGUAUCUCGAGCUUGUUCGGCUAGGUUUACACGCAGAUGUACCGCACGAGAAUAUAAGACGCCUUCCAAGCAAUAAUGAAGAGAUUGAUUCAGAUAUCGAUCUACAAAGGAAGCUUCGAACAGAAUAUAUGAUUUUUCAAGGAAUUCUUGCCACGAAACGGGGAGACGACAAGGUAUCUAAGGCGUGGUUCAUCCAGGGCUCCAAGUUCGCACGCGACCACAAUUUCCUUGAGGAGAUGAAUAUAUGUUACUGGAUGUUGAAGGAGAAUUAUACAAAGUCUGGAAACACCGAGAAGGCUAAGACUUAUGAGGAUUUGACGCCUGGGUACAAUCUCUCUAAAAUUACGGAAUACCUACGACCUCGGGUUUUUAGACUCGAUGCUACGGCUAUGUCCCUGAGACAAGAAGAAUGCCUGCUUCUUCUCGAUAAAUUACUCUUGCGUAAGGAUGUUGCUGAGGACGAAGACAAAAAAGUAAAGUAUCGACAGAUACUGCAGUUCGCAUCUGCAUGCUACCUUCAACACACGAUCUCAUCCUCGAUAAUAUCAGACAUUUACGGCAUCGAGGCGACUGAAGUACUGCAGCUAAUAAAUUCAGCAACCUCGGUGUUCAUCCCCACGAAAGAUUUGGAUUCCGAGGUAAAAAUCGCAAAUGGUUUACUAUGCCCUAUUAUUUGUCGGAAUUCGAGAUCACCGGCGGUCUCACACCAUUACUUUUCGUCUAAGGAGCCUAUCAUUCUUUCCGAUAUGCUACAAAGGCUCUUUGUCCUUAUGAAUAAUGUAUUGGUGGAAGACAUUUGCAAGAUCAAGAUGUACGGGACCCCGAGGGCAGAGAUUGCAAUGGAUGAUAGAGUAAAAUGCAUCCGUCCCUCUUUGCGGUUUGCGUACCAUCAGUGGCUUACCCAUUUUAUGUAUGCGAAGGCGGAACUUCCGUUGGGCGAAUUGGGGAUAUUCCUGGAGGAGCACUGGUUGCAUUGGAUUGAACUUAUUGGCCUCCUAGGGGCUGAUGAGUUAAACCGGAUUAUUAGUAUGACAAAGUUUCUGAGGACUAAUGCCGCUGCUAAAAAAAGGAUGGAAAGCCUUCCACCGGCGAUGGCGGAAAAAAUAAAGAACCUAGAGAAGUUCCUAAAGCGAUAUGGGGAUGUGAUUGCAAAAACGCCGCUACAAGUAUACUAUCUCUGGAGGUUUUUCGAGUUCAAAGAGAGUUCAGUAUCACCAUCUACACCGAAACUAUCUGCCAAGGUCGACAUUUACGACUCACAGAACCAAGAUGACACUACCAAAACACUUGCAGAAGGAUACAAUGACCUUCUAAUGGUUGUGAAGCCCGGAACGAACAGUAAACAGAAAGUUGUAUUUUCGCAUGAUCUACGCCUGGUCGCAUAUAGUCUUCCGGACUCGCCGAUAGUUAUCGUUAGAGACCUAACAAAGAAAUGGGACGGCAUUAUACUAGAACACGGCCAGAAGAAAGUCUACGAAAUCUACUUCUCACCAAAGAUAUACGAAGACCAUACUGUGGCUUUGAUAACGGAUCCGACAAAAGUCACACUUUGGAAUAUUUCGGAUGUUACGAAUAAUUCCAAAGCCACGUUCAAGGCCACCUACAACCCUCCCAAAAAAAAUCAACAUCUUGAAAUGUUAUUCUCACCGGACGGGGAACUCAUGGCAUUUCUUUGCUCUAAAACAAACGUUUCGCUGCGAAGUAUAAAAACUGGAGUAGAGGUUUGGAAUCAGCUAGAUUCGGGCGACAUAUUGGACAUGGCCUUCGUAAGCACCGAUUCAACGGCACUAGCGGUUAUAGAUUACGACAGUGAUAUAAAAGUCUGUAAAAAGGACUACGUUUUUGAGGGUGAACGACUUACUUUGGGCUGGGCCCAAAGAUUUCUCGAAGAAGGGAGCAUGAAAAUUUUGGAUGGCGAGAAGAAGAGAGUGGUGAUUUGGGCGAAGGGUUUUGGUGUUUAUAUCCGCCCACUGGGGACAAAGGAAGGGCAGGUGGUGUUAGAAUGCUCGGAGUCUAGAAAGAAGAGAACCACAGUGGUUAUCUCACCGAAUGGUAAAAGAAUUGCGGCUAUUCAAGACAAAGGAGGGAUUCAAAUAUUCGAUUCCGAGACUGGAAGGUGCAUUCAAUCUUUUUGGAGGCUUAACCAGAUUUACGGGGAGACUACACUUGCUGCUGCCUUCCUACCAUCUGGUGAUCGGUUGAUAACAAUAUCGAAAGAAAUGGGAAUGAGAGUAUGGGAAUUAAUAGUGGACAUGGAAAUUAAGAACGGAUGGGUGGUGAGGGGCGAUGAAAAAGUCAUGUGGAUUCCUGGGAAUUACCAUGCGAGAAUCGCGGAUGUUGUGAAAACCAAUGUGGUGGUACUUACACAUCCGAGUGGGAGGAUAUUAGAGGUGGAAUUCGGGAUCGAUAAGGGGAGAGCGAUGGAGCCGGGAGGAGCGUAUGGAUUGGUUAGUAAUGUUAUGGCUUAUUUACCUUCUUUGCCAAAGGGUUUACCUUCUAUACCGGCUUUGCCUCGCAGUUUGCCGACUUUUGGGUGGGGAUCCAGCUCUACUUCUGGAGAACCGAGUUCUUCUUCUGACCAUGCACCUGCCGUUCCAAUCAGUAAAAAGGUCAGGUAA